GUCCGCAGACAGAGCGACACAGUCUUCGCCGACAGCUUUGAUACAUGCAGAAUUAAGCUCUACUGCUUUCUUUCCGCGACUGAUGGGGUUUUCUGAAACAACCGAGAAAGCCGCUAAGAAGUCAAGGCGACGUUGUAUUAGAAUACAUUGAUUUAAAAAGUUGAGGUAAGCACCGUAGAGCUCGUCGUAUAGCCUAGCUAAACUCUCUGUCACAGCCUGCGCUGUGUUGUAGUGUCCGGAAGUUCUAAGGGAAAAAAAGUGAGAAAGGCAUGAAAAAAGGCAGCUGGGAAAGACUUCCAACCAAGUUUUUCCGAGCACAUUGAAAACUCUGUUUUCUUUCCUCAGUCUCACAAAAGGGACAGAUAACGCGCCUUACGCAAAAAUAUUCUAACAAUUAGCUGUGUGCAUUCAUUUAUCGAUGGGUCUGCCGACGCUGGAGUUUAGUGAUUCUUUCCUGGACAGUCCGGAGUUCAGAGAGCGACUGCAGUGCCAUGAGAUAGAACUGGAGCGCACCAACAGGUUUAUAAAAGACCUCAUCAAAGAUGGAAACAUGCUCGUGUCUGCACUCAGAAGUCUGUCUCUUGCUGUCCAGCGGUUCUCUCAGUCCUUACAGGAGUUCCAGUUUGAAUGUAUUGGAGAUGCUGAGACUGAUGAUGAGAUCAGUAUUGCUCAGUCCUUAAAGGAAUUCUCUCAGCUGCUGAGCACCAUGGAGGAGGAGAGAAAACGACUGAUCCAGAACGCUGAUGAUGUAUUGAUCUCACCGCUUGAGAGGUUUCGUAAGGAGCAAAUAGGAGCUGUUAAGGAGGGGAAGAAGCAGUUUGACAAGGAGACAGAGAGGUAUUACUCUGUUUUGGAGAAACACCUCAGCCUGUCCUCCAAAAAGAAGGAAUCGCAUCUACAAGAGGCUGAUUCACAGAUGAGUAAGGACAGGCAGGUCUUUUAUGAUGCAUCGCUGCAGUAUGUCUUCAAGAUCCAAGAGGUGCAGGAGAGAAAGAAGUUUGAGUUUGUGGAGCCGUUAUUAGCCUUCCUGCAGGGUUUGUUUACAUUCUACCAUGAGGGCUAUGAGCUGGCCAGUGAGUUUGAACCUUACAAGCAGCAGCUUCAGUUCAACCUGCAGAAUGCUCGCAAUAACUUUGAAAGUACACGUGCUGAGGUUGAGAGGCUGAUGAAGAGGAUCCGGUCUGCGGAGGAAGAUUUCAAAGCCCCCAGUUCUUUUACAAUGGAGGGAUAUCUGUACAUACAGGAGAAACGUCCUUUGGGCAGUGUGUGGACCAGAUACUACUGUACUUAUCAAAAAAGCUCCAAGAUGUUCACCAUGAGCAACAUAGAGUCCAGGCCAGCCAGUAGACAGAACGGCGUGGUGAAUGGUACACCUGAAAUGUUCAGGUUGCGCUCGUGUGUCAGAAGGAAGAGGGAUUCGAUCGACAAGCGCUUCUGCUUUGAUAUUGAGGUGGUGGAGAGACAUGGCGUCAUCACCCUGCAGGCGCUCUCUGAGGCCAACAGGCGGCUGUGGAUGGAGGCAAUGGAUGGAAAAGAACCUAUUUACACUCUGCCUUCUUUGCUCAGUAAAAAGGAGGAGACAUUUCUCAAUGAAGCGGGACUCAACUUUGUGAAGAAGUGUAUCGAGCUGAUUGAAACGAGAGGUCUUAUCACGCCAGGACUGUACAGGACUGGAGGAGUCAACUCCAAAGUGCAGCGAUUAAUGACAAGUGUGUUUGCAUCCACAGCUCCCGCUGACAUACAGCUGGACGCAGACGCCUGGGACAACAAGACCAUCACCAGCGGCCUAAAGAAUUAUUUCAGGUGUCUGGCAGAACCACUACUGACCUACAGACUGCAUAAAGAAUUCAUCAAGGCUGCAAGGUAUGAUGACCAAAAAUAUAGAGUGAGAGCCAUUCAUGCUCUUGUACACAAACUACCAGAAAAAAACAGAGCACUGUUGGACCUCUUAACAAACCAUCUCCACAAUGUGUCCUCUCACAGUGACCAGAACUUAAUGACUGUGUCCAACCUGGGGAUGAUCUUCGGCCCCACGCUGAUGAGAUCACAGGAAGAGACAGUGGCAGCCAUGAUGAACAUCAAGUUUCAGAACAUUGUGGUGGAGAUUAUCAUUGAAAACCACCAUAAGAUUUUUGGUGAGGCCCCAGACCUGUCAUUGCCGUUACCUCAGGCUCCGUCCUCGCGGUCGACUCCUCGAUCGAGAAACAAGGCCAUCUGUCUGUCCUCUGGAAAGAGGAGGGCCCGGCUCUACCCUCCUGCUCUCUGCCUGGCAGACAAUGACAGUGACACGUUCAGUAGCAGCCCCAGCACGACUCCGAUGGGCAGCCAGGAGUCUCUGUCGUCACACUCCUCUGAAAAGAAUGGAUUGUCUCAGGCCUCUUCGCCGUCCUCUCCCUCUGCCGAGCCAGGCUCGCCUUCUACAGCACAGGUGUCUCCUCCCCCGGUUUCCUCCUGCUCUCCGACCCACAACUCUUCAAAUGUGAAUGAUCACAAGCACCCAACAGACACUGCCGCAUCCCCUCACCUCACUCCUUCAUUUUCCUGGACUUCCUCCCAGCUCACUCCGGCCCAGCAGACUUCCUCUGUGUCCUCCUCCAUGUCCUCUUUACUCUCUGCAGAAAGGACUCUGUCUGCCAAAGGAAACUCCACAGUUUCUUUGUCAUCUGUAAAAGAAUCAAGAUCUCCCUCUUUAGCCUCCUCAUCCACUGCCUCCAUCCACCCCUCCUCAGUGGAUCGGGCUUCCUAUCCCAGGGAGAGUCGGUCUAUUCAGAGAGCAUCGUCUGUCUCCUCUCUGAAGAGCACUCAUUCAGUGGAUCAAAGAAAUUCCUCCUCCACUGUCACACAAAGCAGAAUGACAGAUUCUACCUCUCCUCAGCUGCACAGAAAAACUUACAGGACGGCCUCCUCGUCUUCGUCCUCCUCAUCUUCUUUAUUUCCCUACCAGCUUUCCACAUCUUCCUCUCUCACCUCCCUACACAUCUCUGAGGAUUACAAAAGCUGCCACGGAUCAGUGCAGAGUCUCAUGUCGCUAGACCCACAAGAUGCAACCCACACCCGUAAAACUUCACACAUCCGCUGUGGCUCAGAUCAGGCUGCGACACGCUCUGCGGCAGCAGCAUCCAGCAACGGCUACCAGAAGCCCGGAUCAGUAUUGUCAGUCCGACUACCGCAGCGUGAGAGCUCAGUAUUCUCCUCGGCAUUAGACAUAUGUCCCUCAGGAAAGGAAGCAAAAGCGCUUUACUCGUGUGAGGCAGAGCACAGCCAUGAGCUCAGUUUUCCACAGGGGGCACUGUUUUCAAAUGUGUACCCCUCUGUGGAACCAGGUUGGCUUCAGGCGACGUACAACGGCAAAACGGGCCUCAUACCUGAAAACUACAUCACAUACAUGUGACAGACCUGAUGAUGUCGUCACCGCAUCGCCGAAUAACUCAAAGAUCUAACUUAGACGUUAGGGAUCUAUAGUGCAGCAAUACAGUGCUACUCUGUGCUGCUGAUGAAAUGUAUUUACCAUCUAACUGUGACCGUUAUCACUAAACUACUGGGGCUAAUGGAUGAUGUAUGUACUGUAUGUAUAUCUGACUACUGUAUGCAAACCAUGUUAAUAACCAGGUUGAAAUUACUGUAGAUGUUAAAAUCUGACUUCUGUCCUCCAAUCACGUGACAUUUUCACUUAGUCGAUGUUAUCAGCUUCUGUUUUCUAUUUGUGUUCAGAGCUCUUGCUGCGAAUCUGAGAACACUAUAAAUACAUGAAAUAUGUCUGUAAAUUGAAACAGUGUUUUUCUAUCAGUGUUGCUAAUUUAUGUGUUUGUAAAUGAUCAUUUUGAUGUUGUAACUGUGUUUUCAGAGAUUCGUGGAACAGUAUGAACCAGUGGCUGAAUCCAGCCAAAAGCAGACUGAAUCCUGCCGUAACAUCUUUUCUCUCUGUUUUCAUGCUGUCUAAAUAAAUACUUCCCUUAAAAAC